AUGGCACCCUCUGAACUUGCUCAUCUCAACAACUCACCGACACCCAACCUUCAAACUACAGGCGAAAGCCUACCAUUACCUCCACCACCGGUGAACAGAUUGGUUCAGGAUGUUAUUGAAGAUCAAGUCCUCGCUCGGCCUGAUGCUCAGGCAAUUGCCUCGCGAACCGUGAAUCUCACUUACAAAGAACUCGACGAGAGCUCUUCGCGGUUAGCCACACAGAUCUCAUCUUCAGGUGUAAGCCCAGGCUGUAUUGUGCCCAUUCUUCAUGAAAAGUCUGCCGUUACCAUCGUUGCCAUGCUGGCGGUGCUGAAAGCUGGAUGUGCAUUCACUGCCCUGGACGUAUCCCACCCAACACAAAGACUGCUGGAAGUCAUCGAGGACACCAACGCCCCUCUCUUGCUGCUCUCUCCAAAACAAGCUGCACGCUUCAACAGCUACACCAAAGUUCCCAUCAUCGAACUCUCCCAAUAUGUGUUUUCCGGCUCUGCCACCACCAUUCCUUCCCACGCAGCUCCAUCUGCCAUCUCGCCGCGCCAUCUCAUGUAUACAAUCUUCACAUCAGGCAGCACAGGCCGCCCAAAGGGCGUCAUGAUCGAACACGCAGCCUGGCUCACCAGCGCCCUCGCAUACGGCGCCGACCAAGAACUCGGCCCCAGCUCACGGGUCCUGCAGUUUGCCUCGUACGCCUUCGACAUGUCCGUUAUGGAGAUCUUCACGACCCUCAUCUUCGGCGGCUGUAUCUGCGUGCCGGCGGAGGAAGAUCGUUACGGCAGGAUCCAGGAAUUCGUGAAUGAGAUGGGCGUUGACACUUUGAUGCUGACGCCUUCUUACGCCAAGUUGUUGGAUCCUGCUACGAUGCCUGCUGUCAAGAUGCUCAUCACGGGGGGCGAGGCUGUUCCGAGCGACUUGAUUCAGCUGUGGAAUCCGCAUGUCAAGGUCUACAUUGCGUAUGGCCCAACUGAAGCUUCCAUACAGGCUGCAGGCGUAAAGCUCGAGAUGAGAACUGAAGCAGUCCCGUCCGGGCUGAUUGGGCGUCCGACAGGCUGCAAUCUGUGGAUUGUCAGAGAAGACAACCACAACGAGCUGGUUCCCAGGGGUGAGGUUGGGGAACUGGUCAUUGAAGGAAACACCCUCGCAAGGGGCUACCUGGGUGACCAGGCAAAAACUGCGGCCUCUUUCGUAGACAUGUCGAUUGGCACGGACACCCGUCGCGUAUUCAAGACGGGCGACUUGGCCCGUCAAACGAACGGCGGCGACAUUGUCUUUGUUGGCCGCAAGGACACCCAAAUCAAGAUGCAGGGCCAGCGCUUCGAACUCGCUGAGAUCGAAGCACGGCUAUCCCAGACUCUGCCUGUUGGAUUCAAACUCUGCGUUGAUAAAGCAGAGAGUCCGCAUUUCCAUAACGGAGGUGCUAUCGUGGCUUUCCUCGGCGACUCAGUCAGAGUGCCAGACGACGAGCAUCCCGAAAUACUCUGGGACCAAGUCGAAGCCAUGUUGGACAGAUCUCGCGAAAUCACUUUAAAGCUGGAGAAAGUCCUCCCGAAGCCAGUGAUCCCGUCCCUCUAUGUGCCGGUUUCGUUCAUCCCCCUAACCACAUCCCACAAGACAAACCGCAACGCCUUGCGAGAGCUGGUAGCGGCUCUGAGCUCCGAGGAGCUUCAACGCCUCAGAAGGCUGGACAGAUCCAGGGGCGAAUCCAGGGCGUUGACUGACGAUGAAUUGAUUCUGCGGGAACUGUGGGCAUUUGCCCUCAACAUGGCGCCGGAAAGCAUCCGGCCCGAUGACCACUUCAUUCAGCUCGGAGGCGACUCGGUCACCAGCAUCAAGCUGAUAGCAGCGGCUCGCAGUCGCGGAAUCUCGCUCACGUCCACCGCCGUCCUGUCGAAUCCAGUCUUGAGCGAGCAGGCCCGUCUGGCAUUCACUUCAGCCGCCGCAAAGCGUGACGAGGACAUCCAGCCGUUUGGGCUGCUGGGAGAUCGUGCGCAUGAACUCCGCGCAACAGCAGCCGCCAUAUGCAAGUUACCCGUUGAAGAGAUAGAGGACGUUCUUCCCAUGACGAUCAGUCAAAUGCGGUGGUACGGCAAGACUUUGGUGAAGCCAGACGCGUACGUAGACCAGUAUCACUUUCAGCUCCCCGGCGACGUGGACCUCGUGAGAUUCCGCUCGGCCCUCAACUCCGUCGUGCAAGCGGCCGACCUCCUUCGAGCGCGGGUGCUCGCCACCAGAGACAAGAAGCUCUUUCAAGCCAUCGUCAGGUUUCAUCCCGUCGAAGUCGUGAGCUCCAGUGACGCUCUGGAAGCUUACCUGAGCCGAGAUAUCGAGACUCCCAUGGGCCUCGGCGCGCCGUUGAGUCGCUAUGCCAUCCUUCACCACGACCACUCCGCCAGGGUAUUCGUCUGGACGAUCCAUCAUGCCAUCUAUGACGGCUAUUCUCUGCCCAUGCUCCUUCAAGCCAUCCAGGACGUCUAUCACGGCCUCGAACCAGCCCCUUUCACUCCAUUCAACCGCUACUUGAAAGGUCCUGAUGAGAAUGGCCUUGAGGAAGGCGAGGCUUUUUGGAAAAAUUAUCUUCAGCAAGCGUCAUGGACCAAGUUCCCCGCCUUGCCGCCUCCCCAAGAGACGGCCUCGCCGCACAUGGGUAGGCUCUUGAAGACUCUGAACGUUGCCUCCAGACAAGCGCGACUUGGCGAUGCCCAGGGUUCUCAGGCUGCCACCAUGGCCAAUGUGAUUCGCGUCGCAUAUGCCGCCACGCUCUCGCACUUUGCCACAGACCAGCCCAGUUCAGUCCUCUUCCUGGAAUCCCUCGGCGGUCGAAACUCGAGCGUAGAAGGCAUUGAACGCGUAGCAGGACCGACUCUCGUCACCGUUCCCACAAGAUUGGAGCUGCCGCGCGAGAAGCCAUGCAGCCAAGUUGUUCUUGAGGGGCAGAGAUCGCUCAUAGAGAGGAUGAGGUUUGAGAGCUUCCCCUUGCCUCGUCUGCUGCCUCUUGCGCCGCCGUUGGAGCUUCGCAGCGUGCUCAUGAUUGAAAACGAGGCGUUUCUGAUCAACGGGGACGGUCGCGGUUUGUUUGGCCGAGGAAAGGAGGAGCUGAAGUUGGAGGAAACAGAGGGACUGCCCAUGAUAUUCCGCUGCACUGUUUUCCAGGGCCGACUGGAUGUGGACGUUCGAUACGAUAGCACCAUUGUCGCUGAUGAAGAGAUGGACGCAUUUUUGGCCAGAUUCGAAAAGUUCUUGAAAGAACUGUGGGAGGGUGAUGGGACUCGACCGUUUGAUGUAGUUGCUUCGUCGUGA